AUGACCGACUUUCACGACAACUCGGGCGGCGUGAUUCUGGACGGCCCAUUUGAUCCAGACGCGCAAGCCACCGUCACCGACUACAUCGACUACACCGAAUACCUUCCCGCCGACCUCAUCCGUUCCCUCACACUCAUUCGUGGUCUAGACGAGAGAUAUCUGGAGGCCGCGCAGAGUGUCCAUGAUUUCACUAAGACCUAUGGCCAGCUUCCCGACCUCGCGCCAGAUACUCGUCCCGAUGCGCGCAUCUUGCGCAAGGACAUCUCCACCCAGAUUGAUAGCGCGAUCAACGCUCGCGAGUCCGCCUAUGCCGAAGCCUGCCGUCUCUACGAUGUGGUCGACCGUCACUUCAACCGUUUGGAUUGCAUUCGCCAAAAGUUGAACGCGCUCCCCAAACCGGCCUCACGCGAACCUACUCCCGCACCCCCUGUCCCCGCCGCUACCACCGCGAAACGCAGUAGGCCCUCAAAGAAGGGCGACGAAGGCCCGCCAGCUACGACGCGCAUUACGCUCCGACUGGAUAAUCAUGAGAAUACCAGACCUGGUCCCAAGUCCCGGGCUCGGCGGUCGGGGAUGCCGGCAGCCGGACACCUGGCAGGACUGCAUCCAGAUUCCCCCAUCGCGAGCACCGAACAUUCCGACGUGGAGGCCGAACCCAAGGCCGGUCCGUCCGAGUCCCCCAUGGAGCUGGCUGUGAGUCCGGCCAAGAAGGAGAAGCAGCGCCGGCGGUCGCGGACCUCGGCGGCCACCCAGGACCCCAACCAUGUCACCGCCAUCUCGACAAGUAACGCAUUGGCCCUGCUCAAACCGCCCCCGGAGGAUGCGCAACCCGGUAGUGAGGACAUGCCGUGGCUGCGUCUCACCGAAUGGGAAAUGACCAAGCUCCGCAAGAAGAUGAAGAAGAACGCCGUGUGGCAGCCUAGUGAGGUUAUGAUUCACCGCGAACUGGCUCUCCGAGGUCGGGGAUGGGAGGCAUACCGCGCAGCUAAGGCCAAGUCGGACGAGGAAGGGACCCAGUUUGUGGACUGCGACGAUAUCAUGAACACCUACAUUCCGGGCCAGUUGAUCCGACGCACCGAAGGGAUGAAGGAUCCGGAGGGGACCUACGAGACGAAACUCAGCAACCGGGGCAUGAAGCUCAACGAAGCCAAGAAGCUCAAGCGUGAAAACCAGGCGCGGGAACAGGCGGCCCUCGCCGCUGCAGAGGCGGAGCUGGCAGCCAAGCAAGGAGGCGUCGUCGCCCUCGUCAGUUCUCAGGAUGCUUCCCUCUCUGAAAAGCCCAGUCGUGCCGCCACCAAGAAGCGAAGUUUCGACGAGAACUCGUCGGCCGUCGUCCCUUCACCUCCUUCUCCCGCUUCGGCUCCUCCUCCUCAGGCUCCCCAGGAAGGUGAGACGCGUGUGGCCCUGCGCAGUUCGGUCAAUAAACGCCGUAGGACCAGCAAGGAAUCUCCCACCCCAGUGGAGACGAGUGUGAGCACAUCCAGCGCUCCGGCCACCACCCUGGCGUCGACUAAUGUGCCCGUAGCCGGUGCCGAUGAUGCAGUUGAUGCGCGAAAGCCAUCACCCCCCGCACCACCAUCCCCAACCGGAUCCAAACGUUCCAUCCCCUUGACCAUCGCCGCGGCGGCCCCGGCCAUCAAGGAAAGUAGGACUACCACACCUCCCGUGACGCGGCCUCCCUCUCGACGCCGCUCUGCAGCCGCAUCGGCGGAGCCCGUCCCCAACAUCACCAUCACAUUAGGAGGCCGCGAGCUGCGUCGAAAGAGCGCCACGCCUGCCCGCAGAACCCCGAUCCCGGAGACCGCCACCGGUGCUGCGGCGCCCAUCCGACGUCGCAGACGGCCUGCUCCGGGAAUCGUGUCCUCCGGGCAAGACGGCGGCGCUGCAGUCAGUUACGGCCGGCGCAAAGCCAAACCCACCAAGAAGCGCAUCGGGGUGCGUGAACCAGGCCUGCCGGACGAUCCUCAACAACCCCGCGAGGGCAUCCGCAUCGACGAAGAUGGCGUUUUGGAGGAGAUCGAUCCGAAUGAACCCCGUUAUUGCAUGUGUGGCGACGUGAGUUUCGGAACGAUGAUCUGCUGUGAGAACCAAGACUGCGAUCGAGAAUGGUUCCAUCUCGACUGCGUCGGUCUUUCCGAAGUUCCCAGUCGAACCGCCAAAUGGUACUGUCCCGACUGUCGAGUGAAGCUCAACAAGGGCACCGACGGGAUUGUGCGCAACAAUCCUCGCCGUUGA